AUGCCCAGUUCCAGUUUAAACUCUUCGGCCACCUCCAUCCAGAAUUACCCCGCCAAGUCAACUAAGCUCCAGAUUUGUGAAGCUUUCAAAAGCCCUCACGUCAUUCUCAUCAGUGUAGCGCAAUUCGCAACUGCAUCUAACAUUUACAGUCUGGCUUAUUUUACACCUACCAUUGUCAAUACGUUCGGUUAUUCACCAACCGAUACUCAGCUGUUCUCAGUUCCACCUUUUGUGAUAUCUUUCAUUUAUAUGCUGGCGCUGUCCUAUUGGUCAGAUCGGCGUCAAUCUCGAGGUAUCGCGAGUGGUCUUAGCGCAGCGCUUUCAAUCAUCGGUUUUGCAAUGUUUUAUGCUUCGGGCAACGAUCAUGUGAGGUACGGCUCCCUUUUUUUAUCAAUCCCUGGGGCGUAUGGCGUGACGCCAAGCCUGGCGGCCUGGACGGCGGACAACAGCGAACCUCACAUGCGAAAAGCGACCGCACUGGCCUUGGGGGGUAUGGUGGCAAACUCGGGAGGGUUAUUUAGCGUUUGGAUUUUUACUUUGGGACACAAGCCAAGAUACUCCCUUCCGACUGCAAUCAAUAUAUUUCUCGCGGUGAUGAUCAUAGGGUGCUGUAUAUUGAACACCAUGUGGCUCAGUCAUGCCCAGAAAAAGAAAGUCACCAAUAGACUCGAGAUACUUCACAGCUUUGGUAUUCGUGAUCCGAUCGAUUUAUUUAAUCACGAGAAGGACGAGCCGCAGGGCAAUCCAAGCGAAGAGGACCUCAUCAUAUAUGCGCGAUCCUGGGAUCACCUAGGGAUCGACCUCCUGACUCUGGAGCUGCGGAAUAAAAAUCGAUGGAGAGACUCCACCCAGUCACCAUUAAAGAAGCUUGCUACGACGGGCAAAGGGCGACCACCAGCCGCUCGAUAUAGAGCGCAGACGGAGGCGUACACCGCCAAUUUGACUCUGAACUCAUGGCUCCUCGGCGAGUCCCUCGAUCAGAACGAAGCUGCCGGCAAAGUCUUUGCUGCGUGCUACGCAGCACCCGGGCUGUCAGCCGACUUGACGCGGCCGUCCUCCCCCGGGGCGGGGCCCUCUCCACCUCGAUCACCCCACUGCCAGCAUCCCAUCCUCCUCCCUCCGACGGUCGACCACACAAUCCAUAAGCAAAUCACGAGCCCUCGCCGAACUGCCAGCGCGAAGAACGCUUGCCCAGCCAGCAGGAUGCUCCCCUGGAACCCAACACGCGAACUGGCUGCCCAAACUCAGAACUACCUCCAUGCACUCGGCGGGGGGAACGCUGCGACGAACGAACACCAACAGCCGAUCAACAACUACAACAACCAAUUCAACCACCCACUCUACACCAACAAUAACCCAGCCCAACAACCCUUCCAGCCCAACAUCGGACCACCGCCUCCCAUUCAGAACCCUACAGGAAAUAUCACCCUCCCACAGGUCCUCCACUACCUCCAAUCAACCCAUCGCACCCACCUGAGCUUACAGAAUAGCUGGGAGAUCGAACGAGCCGAACUCAGAGCUCGCGUGGCCCUCCUCGAAGGCGAGAAGAGAAGCUGGGAACAAGCCAAGACUGAUCUGGCUAGGAGGGUCAGGAUGCUCGAAUGGGCUCUCAAGAUGGAACGGUCCAAGUAUCUAUCGCAUAACCAGAACAAGGAAAACACGAACGCAUUUACGAUGGCCCUGCCUGCUGGAAAACUGGCUGCCUUACGCAUGGCUGAGAAUGGCGGUGGUCCUGCCUCAGGUUCUGAGUCUCCGGCGCGAGCCGAUAGUCCAAAGUAUGACGAGCAGAACGCGGCUUCAUCAGCUGCUCGGCCAACUGGCCCAACGGUCAUGGUUUCUGAUACGACCAACCAAGAGCAAUCGCCACCGCCUAACCUACCCACCAAUCUGCCCGUCCAAGCCUCGGCCGCUCCCGCUCAUUCCAUCUCGAUCGCACCACCAUUGCCUGCAGUCGCAGCACAAAACAUGGUCCGAAUGGGCACCAAUGGGAAUGUGAACACCUGGGCAAACGGUAUGACCGGCGCUGGUAUGGCUACGAUGAUGGGUGGCACCGGGAUCGGCUUUGGAACGACAGCUAUGGGGCUCGGCAGGGAUCCGAAAGCAAGGGCUAGGAGUAGAGACUAUCUCAAACAAUGUAUGCAGGAAGUCAACUAUCUCACCUCGAACCAGGUACUCAAUCCACUCCCACAACAAUCCGCCUUAAUCCCCGGGAUCGAACGGCCACGUAAGAUCUUGAACGAAACUCAAGCAGCGGCACAAGGCGGACCAAACCAAGCAAACGUCCAUCAACCCGGCAAUAACCAGCAAGUCAAUUCAUCGCCCAACCCGAUCCAUCGACCCUUGAACCAUCCUGGCGGUCCCCAGGAUCAAUCCCAACGAUCGGCGCUCUACCAGGUCUCGACGAUCGACAAUCAACACCAGCCUAAUGUUUCUUCAUUCUCGCAACAUCCUGGGGCUGCUCCCCAGGGAUCCAACGUCCAUCCGACGACCUCAGCCGUGCCCGGUGCACCAGUCAUGACCCGCGCUCGUAGCUCCUCACGACCUCUCCUAAUCACACCAAUGAGCACCGACGCCGCCACUGGGUCGGGAAUCCCAGCACACUUGGCUACCACCCCGUCGCACCCCUUAACCGUCGCCAAUCUUCCCCUCCUCUCUUCCGCUGAUCAAUCCAUGGUCGGUUCAGAUUCCGCCGGUUCGGCCGGCAGCCGGGAGGACGAGUCGCCAAACAACAAGAUGCACAACGGGAUCGUCUCCAAUCUUGGCCCCAACGGGAUCUCUUCGGUGAACCACUCGGAUCCCCCGGAGAUCUCUGCAACCGAACAACAGACAAUGUUCAAUAGAGCCGGCGGCGGCGAUGGUCGACUAUCCCCGCUGGUGAUGCACGGGCGCUCCUCCGAUGGUGGCGACGGCAGCAACGACGGAGCCGAGGAUGGGAACGUGUCGGUAUUUGACGAUGCGGACGAGUCCCGGCUCACCGCGAUCUACCGGCCAGAGUCGUCGGAGUCCUGGAAGGAACAGCUCCGCUUGGCCGGCGAGAAGGAGAAGAUGCGGAUGAGCAGGAAAGAGCACGACCGGGUCCCCUCCAAAGCCGGGCCUCCGCUGACACUCGAUCAUCAACCGAUCAAGCCUGACGAGGAACUCGCCGGGUUGACGUUACAUGACCAUCCUGUCCCUGCUAACAAUCAGCUAGGAUCAUCUUCUGCCACAAACCCUUCCGGAACUGCUCCUGACGGAAAGAACUCUUCUAAUGCUGGCUCGGUCGUUCAGAAAGGCUUCGAUGGUUAUAAAGUAUGGAAACCUAAGAGAACGCUAAGAUCACAUCUGGAUGCCGCACGGUGUAUUGCGUUCGAUCGCUAUGGACUGGCUAUCGUCUCUGGAAGCGAUGACUGCACGGUCAAGCUGUGGAGGUUGAAUCCCGCCUCGAUAGCCAACCCGAGUCCGUCGAGCUGGCCUGAGACGGAGCCGCAGAUAACGUAUCGAGGGCAUUCGGCGACGAUCACCAGUGUUGCCAUUUCCUCGUCGCCGCCGCGGAUCUACUCGGCCUCGCUAGACUCAGUUGUUUCAGUGUGGUCGCUGCCGCCGGCGGAGCACGAGACCUAUGCGCCGUACGACCCGCGCUCGCUGCUGGCGAGCUUUGUGGGCCAUACCGACGCGAUCUGGGACAUGGUUCUGCUGCCUCUGCGGCUGCGAGACGAGGCGCUGUUGGCGACGGUGAGUGCCGACGGCACGGUGAAGGUCUGGAGCACCGACGAGCUCAACUCUCCCCUCAAGCUCAGCUGGGGCUACGACGGCUUGCUCGACGACGACCCGUCCCCGCACCAAGCCUCCAAUCCGACUGAACAGACCAUCAUCGGCGCUAAUGGAAUCCCCGUCAAGGUCACCCCUACUAGCGUCGCAGUCGUCUGGUCCGACCUUAAAAAAGUUGCCGUCUCUUAUACUAACUCGGUCAUCAAAUUGUUCGAACUCGAGAACGGUAAAGUCUCGCUUAGGUUGAAGAGUGACGAAACUUUCGAUGGGACGACGGCCACGCAGAUCAAUAAGAUCGUCACUCAUCCUACUCUGCCUCUCUUGAUCAGUGCUCAUGAGGAUAGAUUUAUACGACUGUACGACUUGAAUACGGGAGCAUGCACGCACUCGAUGCUAGGCCAUCUGGAUUCGGUGACCUCGCUAUCGAUCGACCCAACGGGUCUGAUCCUAGUGUCGGGCGGGCACGACUGUUCGAUCCGGUUCUGGGACCUGACGGGCUCCCGGACCUGUCUCCAAGAGAUCUCGUCCCACCGAUACAAGUCCAACCAGGAAGGCGUGCUCGACGUCAACUCCGGCGCUGAUGGCACGAUCAAAAUCUUCGGUUGA